AAUAAUCCUUACUGUCAAUUGUUCAUUGUGCUGUGCGCAUGCGUUGCGUCUGCUAUUUCCUUUUCCUCUCAAGUGCAAUGGCGUCGGGGACUUUGUAUACUUUUCCCGAUAACUUCAGGGCAUUUAAGGCCCUUAUUGCUGCUCAGUACAGUGGAGCAGACGUGAAAAUCUCGCCGGGUUUUAAAUUUGGGGAGACCAACAAGUCGAAAAGCUUUCUUGAGAAAUUUCCUCUCGGAAAGGUUCCAGCAUUUGAAUCAGCAUCUGGAGAUUGUCUGUUUGAGAGUAAUGCCAUUGCACAGUAUGUUUCCAAUGCCCAGCUGAUGGGUGCCAAUUCUAGAGAUGCUGCAUUUGUGCAACAGUGGAUUAAUUUUGCAGAUAAUGAAGUUUUGCCAGCAUCUUGUACAUGGGUUUUUCCAUGUCUGGGAAUUAUGCAAUUCAACAAACAGGAAACAGAGAAAGCUAAAGAACAGGUGAAGAAAGUCCUUGGAGUACUAAAUGGGCACUUAUCUAAGCGCACUUUCCUUGUUGGUGAAAGGAUUUCACAAGCUGACAUAUCAGUUGCUUGCAACUUGCUUCUCCUUUACAAGCAUGUUUUAGAUCCAUCAUUUCGGGCACCAUAUAUUCAUACCAAUAGAUGGUUUACAACCCUUGUCAACCAACCUCAGUUUUCUGCAGUUAUUGGACCUCUAAAGAUGUGCAGCAAAAUGGCUGAAUUUGAUUCAAAAAAGUUUGCAGAACUUCAUGGUCAGACGGCAGGUAGUGGCAAGAAGGAAAAACAACCAAAACCAGCUGCUAAGAAAAAAGAAAAAGAAGCAGAGCCAGAAGAAGAGGAAGAAGAAGAAGAGAAACCAAGAGAAUCAAAGGAUCCAUUUGCUUCUUUCCCUAAAGGAACCUUUAACUUUGAUGAAUUUAAAAGGGAAUACUCCAACAAAGAUACAUUGACAGAAGCAUUGCCCUAUUUUUGGAAGAACUUUGACAAGGAAAAUUACUCUAUCUGGUUUUGUGAAUACAAGUACAAUGAUGAACUGGCAAAAAUCUUUAUGACAUCAAAUCUUAUAAGAGGAAUGUUCCAAAGGCUGGAGAAACUUAACAAAAAUGCAUUUGCAAGUAUGUGCAUAUUUGGAGAGGACAACAAAAACACCAUUUCUGGAGUUUGGGUUUGGAAAGGACAGCAGCUUGCUUUUGAGCUUUCACCAGACUGGCAGAUAGACUAUGAAAGCUACAGUUGGAAAAAACUGGACCCAGAUACUGAGGAAACAAAAAAUCUUGUGAAAGAGUACUUUGCUUGGGAAGGGAAUUUUAAUGGAAAAAAAUUCAACCAAGGCAAAAUUUUUAAGUAAAGACUCUUUGAUGUAAUAAAGUUGUGAAGAGAU